GGCGGGGAGGCUGAGGCAGGGGGGGGGUGAAGGGAGGUGCCGAGUGUCGCCACUUCUGCCACAACCCUCUUGCGCUGCCCAGCAUCACCUCGCCUGCUGCUUCCUUCUCUUCCUGACACCUUAAAAUACGCCGGAAUGGCAGGGGAAGGAACAAACCCAUUUGCUCACCUCCUCUCUGAGAUCAAGAUUGGUGGGGAAACCUUCAAUUAUUACAACCUUCUGGACCUCAAAGACAAACGCUAUGAUCGCCUACCUUUUAGCAUCAGGGUCUUGUUGGAGGCAGCUGUCAGAAACUGUGAUAACUUUCAGGUGAAAGAAGAAGAUGUGCACAACAUUCUAGACUGGGAACAGAAGCAAAAUGAUGCAGAGGGAGUGGAGGUGGCCUUCCGUCCAGCUCGGGUCAUCCUGCAGGACUUCACGGGUGUGCCAGCUGUUGUGGACUUUGCAGCAAUGAGGGAUGCUGUGAAGGACCUUGAAGGGGACCCCAAAAAGAUCAACCCCAUCUGCCCAGCUGACCUUGUCAUUGACCACUCAGUGCAAGUGGAGUUCUCCAGGACACGUGGAGGGGACGACCCUGGUGGUGGGGGCUCUUUGUCUGGUCAGUCCUGUGGCCGUUGUGUGAGCUAUGGCCAACCAGGCUGCUUGUCAGCCUCCAUGGCUGGGCGCCGCCCCAGUAGUCGGUCAUAUACGCGUGGGAGACAACCACACAGGCAUGGCUCUCAAGGGUCCAGAUCACGCCCCACUUCCCCAUUAUUACAGUCACAGCCUUCCAGUCCUGCUGUAUAUUCUUCCAUACCAAGUGGCUUUCCACAGCCAGUAUUUGUGUGUCCACCUGCAGUGGCUGUGCCAGGGACUGUCAUGGUUGGUGUGCAGCAACCUUGGCAUUACCAGCCAAUCCCCUCCACAAGUACCCAUCAGCUCUCCACUAUGGUGUCACACAUAUCUAUUGGGGAAUCAGCAGUAACCUACCAACAACAGACUGGUACUUAUACACCAGUGGUCCAUGGCUACCAACCACCAGUGUACCCCUCCCUUCAGUAUGCCAGUGUAUCAGGGGCACAGUACCCAGCCAACUAUUACCUUGGUCCUCCAUACAGACAGAGUAGUCUACCAGACAGUCGAGCUCCUACUCCAGACCAGAGCCUCCAGUCAGACUCUGAGAGUCAUUGUAGCGUAGAUGUUGAGGAUAUAAGCUUUAGACCAUGUGGGACAUCAAGUGCAAGAUUAAGACCAUUAAGAACACAAGUGGCUGCUGAGUCUGUCACCAGUGUUUCAGAAACCUCUAGUAUCAAGAGUGACACUUCAGUGACUCCAUCCUUAAGACUGUCAGUAUCAUCCCUGCCUUCGCCUCUUGAUGUGCCUGGGAUCCCCAUUCAGGAUGAAGUGUGUCCUUUUCAUGAGCGCCAGUCUGAAUGGUCCAGUGCCCUACAGAAAAAUCAGGAGCUUGAGUUUGAGCGCAAUUAUGAGCGGUUCAUUUUUCUCAAGUGGGGAGCUCAGGCCCUUAAGAACAUGCUGAUUGUUCCUCCAGGAUCAGGAAUUGUGCACCAGGUGAACUUGGAGUACUUGGCCAGAGUCGUAUUUAAGAAUGAAAGCCUUCUGUUCCCUGACUCCCUGGUGGGUACUGAUUCCCACACCACCAUGAUCAAUGGCCUCGGGGUCAUCGGAUGGGGAGUUGGAGGUAUUGAGGCUGAGGCUGUGAUGUUAGGACAGGCUGUGUCCAUGGUCCUACCCAAGGUGGUUGGGUAUUGCAUCACUGGCACCCUUUCACCACUCUCCACCUCAACAGAUCUUGUCCUCACAAUUACCAAGCACUUGCGUCAAGUAGGUGUGGUUGGGAAGUUUGUGGAGUUCUUUGGUCCUGGAGUGGAGCAGCUUUCCCUGGCUGACCGUGCCACCAUCUCUAACAUGUGCCCAGAAUAUGGUGCCACUGUUGGGUUCUUCCCUGUUGAUGCCACCACAAUCAAGUACCUGCGGCAAAGUAGUCGUGAUGAAAAGAGGAUAGCAGAAAUAGAGGCCUAUCUGAAAGCUGUCAAUAUGUUCCGUAACUUCAGUGAUGCCUCACAAGACCCUAUUUACAGUGAGGUAGUGACAUUGGACCUGGGAGAUGUGGUGCCAUCUUUGUCUGGCCCAAAGCGUCCCCAUGACAGGGUGCCAGUGUCAGGGAUGAAGGAAGACUUCUGUAAAUGCCUUGGAAAUCAGAUUGGGUUCAAGGGCUAUGGGUUGCCAGCAGACCAGCAUGACAAGACAGUGCCCUUUGUGUAUGAGGGUCAAGAGUACACCCUUCGCCAUGGCUCAGUGGUCAUUGCUGCCAUCACCUCCUGCACCAACACCAGUAAUCCUACUGUCAUGCUUGGGGCAGGUCUUCUUGCCAAGAAUGCUGUGGAGGCUGGCCUGAGGGUGGCACCAUAUAUCAAGACCUCCCUCUCACCAGGAUCAGGAGUGGUGACUCACUACCUGCAGCACUCUGGGGUGACACCUUUCCUCACCAAACUUGGCUUUGAUAUUGUAGGCUAUGGCUGCAUGACCUGUAUUGGUAACUCAGGACCCAUUCCUGAACCCAUUGUUGAGGCAAUAGAAAAGAAUGACUUGGUGUGUUGUGGUGUCCUCUCAGGCAAUCGCAACUUUGAAGGCAGGAUCCAUCCCAACACCCGAGCCAACUAUCUUGCCUCACCUCUCCUAGUAAUUGCUUAUGCCUUGGCAGGAAGAGUGGACAUUGACUUUGAAGCUGAGCCUAUUGGUCUCGGUGUGAGUGGGCAGCCUGUGUUCCUGCGAGAUAUCUGGCCCAGGCGAGGGGAGAUUCAGCAGGUGGAGCGGGACCAUGUGUUGCCUGUCAUGUUCAAGGAUGUGUAUGCCCGCAUCACCACUGGAAAUGAACGAUGGAACAAGCUGGAGGCACCAGAAGAUGUCCUGUACCCAUGGGACACUCGUUCUACCUAUAUCAAGAAGCCACCAUUCUUUGAGGGAAUGACCAAAGAACUCCCUGCAGUGAAGAGCAUUGAGAAUGCUUAUGCCCUGCUGAACCUUGGAGAUUCAGUGACCACAGACCACAUUUCCCCGGCUGGCUCUAUUGCACGCAACUCUCCAGCUGCACGUUACCUUGCUUCUAGAGGCCUUACCCCUCGAGAAUUUAACUCCUAUGGUUCUCGAAGAGGGAAUGAUGCUGUGAUGGCUCGAGGAACAUUUGCCAACAUCAGGCUGGUGAACAAACUGGCCAAGAAGACUGGGCCCCGCACCCUCCACAUCCCAUCCCAGGAGGAGAUGGAUGUGUUUGAUGCAGCUGAGCGUUACCGUGAAGAGAAGCAGCCAGUGAUCAUUCUGGCUGGGAAGGAGUAUGGCUCAGGUUCCUCCCGGGACUGGGCAGCUAAGGGUCCAUUCCUCCUGGGUGUGCGUGCAGUGAUUGCAGAAUCCUAUGAGCGCAUCCACCGCAGCAACCUUGUGGGCAUGGGCAUCAUUCCUCUCCAAUACAUGAGUGGAGAGAAUGCCACCACCUUGGGAAUCACUGGAAAAGAAACUUUCACUAUAAUUCUUCCUGAGGAGCUGAAAACUGGCAUGACUAUUCCAGUGCAGAUGGGUAACUGUUCCUUCAACACAAUCCUGCGCUUUGACACUGACGUGGAGCUGACCUACUUCAAGCACGGGGGCAUCCUCAACUACAUGAUCCGGAAGAUGAUUUAACUUGCCACCAUUCCACAGCUGACAGAAUUGCCUCUAAGAUGAGAAUAUUUUGAACUUAAUUGUUUCAGGGAAUUGGUAUUUUAGUUUGUGUGUGUAUAUGAAGGUGUAAAUAUAUUUUAAAGUCAAAAACAUAUUCCUUUAACCUGCAUUGUAUCUAGUAAAUAAGAGAAAAUUUCCAAAUCAUUGCAUUGUUAAAAAACUACCUUGUGAUAAUGAUUUUUAUGACAGAUGAAUGUUGAACUUUGUGAGUGCUUGUUGUGCAGAGAUAUAUUGGUGUAAGUGCUGAAGGAAGUGAUGCAGCAGUGUGUUGGCUUGUGUGUGGCCACGUGACAUCUAUAUUAUUAUGUAGUGUUGAGAGAUAAUGUAGCACAAAAUUUAGGAGUUCAGAAAAAAUAUCUAGAAGCUAUCACAAAUUACAUUUAGUUCAUGCACAAUAUCUCUUCAUAUCUGGAAUUAUACAUUUCAUUUUUCUGUACUUACUUGCUGAUGCAUAUCCUUUAACCCUCUAGUCAUAGACUUUUUAAUUGUGCCACAUUCCCAUAACCCUUAAUAUGUUCACCUCCAAAACUCAGUGUGUGACGUAUAGACAAUAUUUCCUUUGCAGUUAAUGCUACAUACACCAGAUGGGGCAAAGUGGUCUGAGAAUGAAUGCUCAUCCUGUGGCUCAUAUUUUUCUCCAAAGUAUGAUGUGUUUGUGUGCAACUGAUCUGUUUUAUCCACAGGCACCAGCAGUCAGUGUAGUAAGUGCCAUGAAGCUGAUAUGAACUAAGUUUUUGUAAAGUAUUGAGAGGUUGAAUCAUUGUUCCUAUGGUGAAGAGAAGGGGCCUGUGUGCAGCCAAAUACCUUCAGGGUCUUUUGUAAUGUAUGCAUAUAAUGAGACGCUUUGAUACAAAAUUAGUGUGCAUGUCAUUGUUCCAUGAUAUGUCAAAACAUAUAUUUUCAGUAUUUUCUGUGGAGAUCAUUAGUUGUGCAGCUCAAUCAAUUUUGGAAAGUAUUCAUUAUCUGUGUGUUUUCAUAACUUUAUUUUAUCUUUUAGAUGUAUUCAUUAUUUUAAUAAUUUUACUUACUGUAACUUUUAGUCUUCAGACAGUACCACUUGCAAGUAGGAAACACACCAAUUCUUUUAGUCUUGUUAUUCUAUAUGAAAGAUUUGAUAUAUGUAAGCAUCAAUGGCCAGACUCACACAUGUUUGGUGACCAAUGUUCCAUAAAAUGCUAGAAUCUUUAUCACUGCCAUAUGCAUGAUAAUUUUGUAGUUUAUCCAUUUAUGACUACAGAAGACCUACACAUGAUCAUAAUUGCUUUGAAAAGUCUGUACAUGCACACAACUUAAUUACAAUACUGAGGUAUACCAUGCAUUCUAACACAUAUUAUGUGUGUUGGAAUGCAUGGCUACACUUCAGUACUGUGAUCCAUUAUGGAAGUAUAUUACAAGCCACAAACACUUUACUGCUGAAAAUUCCAAAGCAGAAUGUAUGGUAUCAGGAGUGCACAUGCUUUUAUAUACCUGAACAACAUAUGUUUGUACCACAUCACUGUUCCUGGCAUUGGAUGGAAUACUCAUGUUGUUAGGACACAGUGUAGGUGGAUGUGAUCUUUGAUAUUGGCAGGAAGGCAAAGUACUUGAAAUAAAAAGUUUGGAAUGCUUCAAGUUGCAUUUUUUUUUUUUUUACAUAAGUAUUUGUUGUCAUGACGUUUAUUAAUGGUAUUGUAAACUGUGCUUUCAAAAACUUCCAAAUUCCUUUAUCCAUUCCAGCACCAUAGCUUAUUUUUUAAGAGGUACAGUUUGACUGAUAAACUCAUAUAUAAGACUCUCAUAUCAUGUUACUUGUGUGUGGGCAGUAUUGUUUUAUGAGGUGUCAGUUGCAGAUACUUGAAUUGUGUGGGUUAUUGUAAUGUCCUUGAAUUUCUAGGUAUUUUGUUAAUUAAAAUUAUGUUGGAUUUUAAUAAAAUUGAAGGAAUUUGUACAA